ACAGCCCUUCUUCACAAUGCAACGCUGUGGUCUGAUUCUGUGUGUUUAUUGGUCGAGUACAGUGACCUCCCUCAGGGGUGUGUUUAGUGUGAAACCAUUUUGCUGUGGUUUUUAAUACUGCACUAGCUGCUUGACUGACAAUUUACCUCCUAAACAUGCAGUACGAUUGCUCCGGGCUGUUCAGCUCAAGAUUCUGUGCACAGAGGACCAAGGAACUUCAGCUAUGUGCAGACUCACCGACAUACACUUACCUCUGCUUUUGUUUUGCCAGAAUAGACGUAUUAACUAUUGGAUCUUGAGUGCACGAUGUGUGUUUGUUGUAUGUGUAGUUUUAGGUUUGCUGGGCUUGGUGAUUGUCUCUCUACCACUAAAACCACAGACGCACAAACCUCUGGAGUGGCACAUCAGCCCUGAGCAUAAAAAGCUGGUGCAUGAGCAUGCGCUCAGGGUCUUGGAGGGGCGGUGUAAUGUUGGCAGCACCAGGCAGCGCCUGUUAACUCGACUUCCUGCCUCCAGCCAUCUGACCCAGCCGUUCUUGUGGAAGGAUGUGCCACUCCCUGAUCACCUUUUCCUGUAUCCACCACCGUUCGGGUUCAAAGGCAUCCAGGCCAAAAUAGAGGACCUGCUUAAGCUGCUGAAUCAUCCCAGACCUCUGCCAGAAAAGACAUCGCAUAAAUGUCGGCGCUGUGUGGUCAUGGGAAAUGGAGGCAUUCUCAGAGGACUGGGCUUAGGCCACCUGAUAGACCAAUUUGACACCAUUAUCAGGUUAAACAGUGGUCCUGUUGGAGAGUUCAGUGUUGAUGUUGGAAAUCGAACCAGCAUCCGAAUGAGUUACCCAGAAGGCACACCGCUCCACUGGGUGGACACAGACCCGCAUACUCUUUUUGUCGCUGUGGUGUAUAAAAGUGUGGACAUCAGCUGGAUUGCUGCUAUGAUCAAAAAGCUUACUGUGUCUCUGUGGGACAGGCUCUUCUUCUGGCAGAAGGUUCCACAUCAAAUCCCUCUGGAGCACCAAAGGUUCAGACUUCUAAACCCUCAUGUCAUCAGAGAGACUGCUUUAGAACUACUGAAGUACCCUCCACCCAGGCAACGCCUGUGGGGCUGGGACAAGAAUGUGCCCACCCUGGGUGUCUCUGCACUGAACUUAGCCAGUCUGCUGUGUGAUGAGGUCAGCCUGGCAGGCUUUGGCUACAACCUCUCCCAGCAGGGGGCGCCACUGCAUUACUAUGACCAACUGCCCAUGAGUUCCAUGCUGCAGCAGAAUAUGCACAAUGUGGACAGAGAGACUGAACUCCUGCAAAGCCUUGUGAGAGAGGGAGCCAUCACUGACCUGACAGGAGGGAUUGACUGUUCCUUCUGCUCCAGCUGACUUUCAGACACUUGGCUUUUCUGUUGUCAAGUGCUGUUGUGUUUUGUUUUUUUCUACUAAGCUCUUCCUGUUUAACAGCAACUGCAAGACCAAAGAAUAUAGGCACACAAAGAAUGAAGUCAAGGAAAUGGAGAAGAGGAACACAUUGCAUCGAGACUGAAAUCUGGUCUGAUAGUUACAGUAUUUGUCACAAAGAGCUAAUUGAAUAACGAAGGACAGAAAAUGACUUGGACAUUAUUUGGCAAUUUGAUUUACGAGUUACGUUCUGGAGAAUCUGAAACAACUUCUGGGGAUACUUGCCUUUGCACAUAUUGUCCCUCUGGACAAUGAUGAAUGAGUUUGUUACUGAGUCUUAUUUUUCUCUGCUACUUGUUUUACUUUCAGUCUUCCAUAAUAGCUGGUCUGUGAAAGAAAAAUGUUACCUUUAUUUUUAAACAAAGUAUUUCUUGUCAUUUUCAGCUGCACUAAAGCCCUUGUCAUUACCUGGGUUAGGGUUUCAAAGUUUUUUAAUAUAUAAUUUUCUGAGCUGGAUCUUUACAUUUCAUCCAUUUCAGUUGUCACAAAUGUUUCUUGCAGGUUUUGUUUUGUUAAUUUGAAAAACAAAUCAGAUGCAAAAACUAAACUGUUGAUUUUGUCUAUCACUGUUCAAUGACCGGUUAAAUGAAAUGUAGACUUGGAUUUAAUAGACACUGGAUUGUCUGUCUGUGGCCAACAGUCUGUUAGAGUUUAAACUUUGAGUUAACAUAAACUAAAAGAAAGAUAAGUUACAUGAUGCACUGUUUGUUUUAUAUGUUUGAAGAUUGUGAUCAGUUUUUAGGUAUUGUUCCUUUGUUAUUAUCCUGACAUGUUCUAAGAACACACACUGAAUACACCAUUACACAAUGAGUCACUGGUUUGGUUGUCUCAUGCCUUCAUUACUCAUUUCAUAUGUAGUUUUGCUUAAUAUUAAACCUUGCCUUCUGAUAAAAAGCUCUCAAUAUUUA